AUGCUCCGCGUCAUUCUCUCCGGCACAGUCUCCUCGGUCUUUGUCGGCAUGGCAGGAGCCUCGAUUGGCGCCGUAAUCUGGGACACGGCGACAAUCCCCUUCAUGGUGGCAUCGUGCAGUGGAUUCAUACUCGGAGCUGUCGGGUUCUACCGCGACGCCGUGCGCAAAUCACUCCGCAGUCUGGACCGGUACCCUCGUCUGCUGCGGCUGCAUCUCGAUGCCAAUUUCCCCCAUCGAGGGUUCGACACUUGGUCGGCCGAGAAUCUUACCAGUUCCGUCUUCCGCCAGAGUUGGGUCUUGCGGAGUAUGUUGGUGGCGAGCUGGUUGACUGCCGGCAGAGCUAUGGAUCGUAUCCACGAGGCUGAAGAAGAGGCCAUUCUCGCCCCCAUGAUGCACACCGAAGAACGGAGGAUCGACGCGACUGCCGCUGCCGUUGCUGGAAAAGCGGACUAG